AUGCGCCCCCCGUCUGCGCUGGCCCUGGCCGCGCUCUGCCUGCUGGCGCUGCCCGCCGCCGCCGCCGCCGCCUACUUCGGCCUGACCGGGCGGGAGGUCCUGACUCCCUUCCCAGGGCUGGGCACUGCGGCGGCCCCAGCGCAGAGCGGGGCCCACCUGAAGCAGUGUGACCUGCUGAAGCUGUCCCGCCGGCAGAAGCAGCUCUGCCGGCGGGAGCCCGGCCUGGCGGAGACCCUGCAGGACGCUGCCCAUCUCAGCCUGCUCGAGUGCCAGUUCCAGUUCCGGCACGAGCGCUGGAACUGCAGCCUGGAGGGGAGGACAGGCCUGCUCAAGAGAGGUUUCAAGGAGACGGCCUUCCUGUACUCGGUGUCCUCGGCGGCCCUCACCCACACGCUGGCCCGGGCCUGCAGCGCCGGGCGCAUGGAGCGCUGCACCUGCGACGACUCUCCAGGCCUGGAAAGCCGGCAGGCCUGGCAGUGGGGCGUGUGUGGCGACAACCUCAAGUACAGCACCAAGUUUCUGAGCAACUUCCUGGGGCCCAAGAGAGGAAGCAAAGACCUGCGGGCACGGGCAGACGCCCACAACACCCACGUGGGCAUCAAGGCUGUGAAGAGUGGUCUCAGGACCACUUGUAAAUGCCAUGGCGUGUCGGGCUCCUGCGCCGUGCGCACCUGCUGGAAGCAGCUCUCCCCAUUCCGAGAGACGGGCCAGAUGCUGAAGCUGCGCUAUGACUCAGCUGUCAAGGUGUCCAGUGCCACCAACGAGGCCUUGGGCCGCCUGGAGCUGUGGGCACCUGCUAGGCCAGGCAGCACGACCAAGGGCCUGGCCCCCCGGCCCGGGGACCUGGUCUACAUGGAGGACUCACCCAGCUUCUGCCGGCCCAGCAAGUACUCCCCUGGCACAGCAGGCCGAGUGUGCUCCCGGGAAGCCAGCUGCAGCAGCCUGUGCUGCGGGCGGGGCUACGACACCCAGAGCCGCCUGGUGGCCUUCUCCUGCCACUGCCAGGUGCAGUGGUGCUGCUACGUGGAGUGCCAGCAGUGCGUGCAGGAGGAGCUCGUGUACACCUGUAAGCACUAGGUCUGUUGCCCAAUGUGCCAGCGGGGCACUGCCAGGACCCCUCUCGGUGCCCAGCACCUUGAAGCCACCCAGCUGUUCAGCUGGCCCCUCCAGGCAGGUACACCCGCAUGCAUGCACUCAUCGAUGUAUGUGCCAGAGCACGCACACUCCUCUCUCCAUCGGGCUGGCUGUCUUCCCCUCCCUUGACUCUCAGAAUGAGAGGUACAGGCCCUACCCCUGAAGCCGGGGUCUCCAGCCUUUUUGAGGACUUGGAAGAAGAAGGCAGAAUGGGAAAGAUGUGGAAGGAAAUAAGGAAGACCAGGAAGAGGGCAAAACUGAAGUUUAGAGGGGAGAGGGGGAAUCUCCCACCAUCUCAAUUCCUGGGAUAAGUGGUCUUGAGCUGGAAAGGGGCAGGAAGUUGAGCUUCUGGGUUAAGCUGGCACAGGAGGCAGUGUCAGCUGGAAGCCGAGGCUGGAGUCUGGCCGGGAUGGGACGGUCCCUCCCAUUGGCCCUGCUCAGGUUGCAGUGAGCCUGGGGACCACACGCCAUCACCACCCGAAUAGCUUUGCUGUACUAGAGAUGAGGGGAAAGGCCAGGUGAUGGGAGCUGUUGGUUUGGAGGAAAAAAAGCUUUUUGGGCAUGAGUGGACCCAAGUCAGGUACAUGCCUGGAACUCUGUGUCCUUGACUUUGUUUUUAAAAUAUGCCUGCGCUGAGGCCUCAUUCUCACCCUGAGAGCUGUAAUCCACACCCACCCAGCCCUGCUCAGUCAGAGCACCAGCGGAUGUGAGACCAAUAGGGAGAGCCAGCCCCCAGAAUGGGGCUCCAGGAUGGGGCUCAGGUGGGGCACCGAGGUGGCACAG